AUGACGCCUUUCAACUCCACCCCUGACGCCUAUGAACUCCACCCCGAUAUCAUCGCUUCGUAUGGACCCUCGACCCUCAUCAGCGCGAUCCUGUCCGACACCCUGAACCUUCGAUCGCCGACGACGACGGCGUGGGACGAGCGCGUCGUCGCGAUGCUCGUGCAGUAUCUCAACGUCACGGACGUCAACGAGCUCGCGGCGAAGCAGUUCCGCGCCAAGUCGCACUCGCUGUCUCUCAUGACGCCGUACGCUCUGGUCAACGGCGACGUCAAGCAGUUCAAGGCGCGUCCCAUACACUGGCCCCCAUACGACCGCGUUCGCGUGGUGAACGCCGUUUCUUAA